UUCGGGGCUGACGGUUGCUAGGGUGACAGCGCUACACCAUGACGGCGGGAUCCUAGCGCUCUCCGUCUGCGGCCCACCGCGGAGGUCUCAGGGCGGGACCACGCCUCUGGGGAGUCCGAGGCGGGGGUCCACGCCUCCUGCCCUUUUCGUCUUCCAGGGUCGGCACGGGGUUGCCGCCGGCGUCGGCCUCCGGGAUGAAGAACUAUAAAGCAAUUGGCAAAAUAGGAGAGGGAACGUUUUCUGAAGUGAUGAAGAUGCAGAGCCUGAGAGAUGGAAACUACUAUGCGUGUAAGCAAAUGAAACAGCGCUUUGAAAGUAUUGAGCAAGUGAACAACCUACGAGAAAUUCAAGCUCUGAGACGCCUGAAUCCACAUCCAAAUAUCCUUACAUUGCAUGAAGUUGUUUUUGACAGAAAAUCUGGUUCUCUUGCACUAAUAUGUGAACUUAUGGACAUGAAUAUUUAUGAGCUAAUACGAGGGAGAAGACACCCAUUAUCAGAAAGAAAAAUUAUGCACUAUAUGUACCAGCUUUGUAAGUCCCUGGAUCACAUGCACAGAAAUGGAAUCUUUCACAGAGAUGUAAAGCCAGAAAAUAUAUUAAUAAAGCAGGAUGUCCUGAAAUUGGGGGACUUCGGCUCCUGCAGAAGCGUCUAUUCCCAGCAGCCGUAUACCGAAUACAUCUCCACCCGCUGGUACCGGGCCCCCGAAUGCCUCCUCACCGACGGCCACUACAGCUACAAGAUGGACCUGUGGAGCGCGGGCUGCGUGUUCUACGAGAUUGCAAGCCUGGAGCCCCUCUUCCCUGGGGCCAACGAACUGGACCAGAUCUCCAGGAUCCACGACGUGGUGGGCACGCCUGCGCAGAAGACCCUCGCCAAGUUCAAACAGUCGAGAGCUAUGAGUUUUGAUUUUCCUUUUAAAAAGGGAUCAGGAAUAUCUCUCCUGACAGCCAAUCUGUCCCCGCACUGCCUCUCCCUCCUCUGUGCGAUGGUGGCCUACGACCCUGACGAGAGGAUCAGCGCCCACCAGGCCCUGCAGCACCCCUUCUUCCGAGAGCAGAGGGCAGCUGAGAAGCAGGCCCUGGCUGGCCGCAGAAGAACCGCCUCUCCUGAGCACCCCGUGGUCCCAGCGUGGAUCCGUACCACCCGGCACGUUUCGAAGGGAGGCAGGAAGCAGAAACAGCCCCUGCAGCCAGAGGAGGGCCACGCCAGGGAACGGGGACGCGCCUGCCGGAUGGAACUGCCCAAACUCAAGCUCUCAGGAGUGACCAAACUGUCGUCGCACUCCAGCCCGGCGCUGCAGUCCGUGCUCGGAGCUGGGACGAACGGCAGAGAGCCUCUGUUACAGCCCCUGAAGCGUGUCGGCCGGAAGACAGACACAGCCAAGGACGUGAAGCCCCCCCUGAAACCGUAUCGCCUGCCCAUGAUCGGAAGGAGAGGCGGAGGGUACUGAGCACGCGCCCACCCUCGCGGAGAGGGAGCCCGGCACCACGCGGCAGCACCCCGGGCCCUCUGCUCCCGAGUGUGGGGGUCCCCGCCGUGCUCCCCGCACCCGCAGACCCCACUGUGCCCAGGCAGUCAGGCCCGAGCUGCCCAGGAGCUCCGUUCCAGGACACUUGGAAACCACCUCAUUCUACGGUUUGCUUCAUUUUCAUAACGUGAGAAUUUGGAGAAGAGAAUAUUUUGAAAUUUUUUUACACAAGUCGUAGCAGAUCAACCAGAAUGUACAGCACGUGCCACCGAGGUGUGGUUUCCGUGAGCGGCUGCACCUUCCGGUGGUGAGCUCAGCCCUCGUGUACCAGCCUCUUCAGACGACGCUGCUGGAGGCUCCUGGUUUCUAUUAAAGAACAAGCUAUUGCGACAGGGUUUCCUUUUACCGUU